UCGAAAACAUCGUGACCGACGAGCUCGCGAAUCCGCAGUGCCUCGCGAUAGCCCCACGAUAGCCCGAGCGAGCUAAUGGAGGACAGCGAUGUGUUUCGAUAGGACACGCGAUCGGGAGUUGACGUUGGCCGCGUACGCGGCGUGAGGCGUAUCCCUCUCUUCCAUGCCCGUCGUCCCGGCGGCGUCCGACAACUCACGCAGGCGUUGCAAGGACACCCGGCUAAAUGGGGAAGCCCAAGAAGAAACCGGAGCUGCUCCAUCGCAGCAAGUCGCGCAAUAUACUGCGCAACCUGAUGCUGAGGGACUUCGGGCUGCACACGACGCAUAAGACCAGCACGCGCGAACUGGAGCCGAUAGCUGAAGCGAACUUUGUGCUGAGGGACCACAAGGAAUUGAAAUGCGAAUUACCUGGCGUUCCUAGAGCCACUUUCCUAAUGGUUUUCAGUCCUGAUGGGACCAUGGUAGCAUCUACGCAUGGGAAUCACAAUAUUUAUAUCACGGAAAUUACAACGGGGAAGAAUAUCAGAACUUUGUCCGGGCACCCACGUACUCCCUGGUGCAUAGCUUUCCACCCGUCCUCCAGUCAGAUCUUGGCGUCCGGCUGCUUAGGAGGUCAAGUCCGCGUGUGGGAUUUAAGCGGUGGUAGCGAGAUCUGGAAUGCCGACAGUCAUACCGUUAUCGCCUCGCUCGCGUUCCAUCCCUUUGAAAGAUUGUUAGUUAUAGCCACGUAUAAUGAAAUCCACUUCUGGGACUGGAGUAAGUCUCAACCGUUCGCCGUAACUGCUACAAAGACUGAAAAAGAGAAAGUGAGAUACGUAGCCUUCGACAGUUUAGGAAGAAAACUAAUCACUGGCAUCGCGAACACGCCGCAAGUACAAUCGCAAUGGGACCGAGCUCCCGUGGGACAGUUACUUAGAUCUAGUUUGAUGAACUUUAGGUACCAACCACGAGAGAAUUUCGCGGAUAUCGAACUUUCGCCCUUUCACUUGUGGAACCAUAGCUCCUUUUACGGGAGAGGAUCGGCGGACAGUCAUGCUGCAGAUAGAACUUCCCGUGCGUAUCUGUUUAUGCGCAGAGGCCAUGAAAUGUCCAGCUUCUCGCGAUUCGCCAAUCAUCGUCAACAGUUUAGAAAUAACGCGCGGCAGGAGGAGUCGCGGUUUUUUCGGCGACGUAAUCUAUCCGAAGAACUGAGUCAAACUAGGGAGGCUACGUCUUCUCCAAGCAUUAUGAGAAAUCCAUCUCGCCCGACCGGCAAUCCAGCGAGCGCGGACAAUGCCGAGAACAGAUCGGCGGACGAGAGUAACGACGACGACGUGCUGCAUCUCCUUCGGAGGAGCAAUCGAGAUUCCACUGCGAUAAACAACUCUGCUUUAUCGGACAACGUGUGGGUCGGCGUGGACGAGAGGUUGGAACGUGGACGUGGGAACAGUUCGCAAGAUCCGGAGAGGAGAAUAAAUCUAUGCUACAGAGAUCUCGUCGAUCAAUACGUGACGCUCGUAGUUAGACAUUACUUUGACGUUUCAAGAAACAGAGAUACGAUCGACCGUGGCACCGACCCCAUGGAUAUGCCGGAAGCAUCGUCCUCCAAUCCCGCGGAGUCUAGCAACAGAAACGAGUCGGCGGCGACCGAAUCGUCCAUACGAAGAUUGAGGAACGAACUGAAUUCCAGCGCGCAAGCGAACAACACGAAUCUAGAAAGGUUGCAGCGGUGCCAGCGAUUACUGAUGGAACGUUCCGAGCAGGAGGAGAUCGGAACUACUCUUCAGAAUUUGAGGGAGGCGCUGAACGUCGCCGCCGAGAAUAAUAGCUCGUGCCUGGUGCGACUGCAGAAAUUGCGGGAGAGGCUGCAGCGUCAGACCGCGACUUUAUUCGAACACUCUAACAACCGUAACUCACGCCUGCAGCUGCUUCAAAAUGCCUUGAACGAGAUCGAAGCGCUUAACAACAUGGAGGCGCAGUUCACUAACACGAGUUCGAGGAUCGAGCGAUUGCGGGAUGAAUUCACAAUGUACGGUAUUCUGCCGCGAAAUCGGCAUAUCGCGACCGAUCCUUCGUCGGUGAAUUUAAGCGAGGCCGAGUGGCGAGCUCUCACCCCGAACGACGGACAAAUGCCCAGCACUAGUUCCGCAUCAUCAGUUUUGUCCUCGAGGCCGGAUUUGGAAUCCGUCGGUGCGUUUCCCAGCACGAGUUAUGCCGCUGAGAACGAGGAGCACAGCACAAUGUGGUCCGAUGCCAAUAACAGCGAAAACGCCAGUACCUCGUCAAGAAGUACUGGCAGAGCAACGAGGAGACGAUUUGACGCCUCGAAUACGGAGGACGAACCGCCGAGGCGGCGAAAGCGUAGGACGCUGGGGUCUAUUGAGUUUUCCAUACCAAUGCCGUUAUCCUACAGCAUUGAGGACAGCUCAUCUUCGAGCGACGAAGGCUACGUGCCUUCAUCGACAUCCCGUAGUAGCGCAUCCAACUUUACAGUCUCAACUCACUCGGCGUUUCAGCCAAACGUACCCAAGUCCGCCGCGCAACGAGCGAGCAGCUCGCAGAAUCAAGACGCGACAGCUAGUUCUUCCAGAUUGGACGAGACAGAUAGGAACAAUUUGCUUGACAAUUCAAACAAUAACGAAUCAAACGAAGAUAACAAUCAAGAUAAUAGGACAUCGAGAGCAACGCGAAAUACGCAAGAAACGAGAUCUCAAGAGCCCAGUCGCAGGCAGGGAAAUUCGCCUUUACUCAGGAGAGUGAUCGACGUUCUGCAAAUCCUCCGAAGUUUGCACGGGGAUCGAGUAGAAAGCAACAAUACUACUCAGCAAGUAUUACUAGACGACUCGGAGAAUGGAUAUUGGCUGCUCGAGGAGAACAGUAACUCGGAUUCGAAUUUGGACGAUGCGAACUCAAACGCCAACUCGAGCUCUCGUCGGUGGACCAGUCGUUGGAUACAGCUGGAUACUUCUAGCAGAAACUCAGAGUACCCCAACGACUCACCGAGCGACCUAGUUCUACAGAGGUCCUCGAUAGACGCGGAUCAAAGUGCCAACGACAGGCACAGAGAGCAAAGGAAUCAGUUGUCGCCGGUGUCUGCGAAUCCAACUCGCUACGAACAGCCGCCGUUGUUCCCGUUCAGAAGUUUACGAGAAAACCAAUCCCAGAGAGUGGAACAGAAUCAAACGUCCAACGGUGGCACCGACAGCGCUCCGCCUCAGCCGCAGACGUCCGAUCCGGGCGCGACGUUGGCGGGAUUCGCGGAAUUGUCGAGAAUGGUCAACAAUCCCGUUGCAACGAGAACCGCCAGCGUGACUAACCGCGAGGACAGGUCGCCGGCAGCGAGCGACAGGCAACAGCAGCAGAGUCAGGAGCAACGAAACGCAGAUGACCCGGAUCUCGACUACAUCACGGAUCCGAUAAUGCUCGGCGCUGACAAUAUAGAUCCGCGAGAGAGUUCGCUGGGAGUUCGACAAGGGAUCCAGUUGCUCAGUCGUCACAUCGACAACAUGCACCGCUUGUGCCGAGCACGCUUGGAGAUAGUUCAGCUGUGUCAAGUGCGCAAAAUGUGGGAGGAUCUGCAACGACAGAUACGAUCGUUGCACGUGACGGUCCGCGUGGAGAGGCAGAACGGCGAUCAGGCGGAGGCGCAACGAGACGACGCGGCCGGCAAUCCUGUUCCGUCGACGUCGGUCGCGGGUCCGUCGAGUGAGUUUGCGAGGAAUUUCAAGAAAAUGCUGCUCGAGACCUACCAGAGGGAGAGCAGCGAGGGUGGUUGCGCCAAUGCGAGGUUGUACGAUCACAAUCAGCCGUCGACGUCGACCGGAGUGACCGGUCAAGAGAGAGGUCGCGAGGACGAGCCGACGUCCAGCGCCCGUAAUAUCGAGGAGAGCACCAACAUAAGUCUCUCGAAUCUGCUGCCGAGCGACGCCGAGUUACGGCGGAUGGAGCGUCUCAAGUUGAACGAGAUGUUGGACGGCUUGUACGCGCGGCUGACCUCGCGCUGCCAAAACUGCGACUCGCGGGUCGCCGACGCGCGGGCGAUGAACGACCACACGUACUCGAGCUUGACGACCGACGGCGGCGACGAGCAGCUGCCCGGUAUGUCCGGCGUCGCGUCGAACGUCGGAGCUAAUGCGAAUCUGCCGGACGCAACUGCGCCGACCGAGUCGGAACCGUUACCCAGCAUCUCGAGUUUCGUCAGCGGUCUCGACCGUGCCGGUCCCAGUAGAUCUUCCCAGGCGUCGGACGCGAAUACUGAUUACCCCGUCCCCGGCGAUGCGGCCGACAACAGCAGCAGCAGCAGGAACGACGAUAGUAACAUCAAUGUUACCCUAAGGCAGUAUCUAACGAAUCAAAGGGAACGAACCAAUAGGACUUCAGCUUCCACGUUGUCGUCCGAGUCGUCCGCCAGAUAUAACAGACUGCGCGAUAGACAAAAGAUAUAUCUCCGACGUUUAAAAUUGUGGUCGCUGAAAUGGUCGCAUCGUGGUCGACAAAGUCCUAGGUCUCAGUCGGCCAACAGUCCGUUUCAGCACGUCAGAAGACCGUGGUAUUUACGCAGGAAUGCAACUCAGAACAGAGGCAGCAGUAACAACGACAAUGUAGACGCAGAUACAGACACGCGGGAUAGAACGCGUGGUUCGAACACAUCUGAGUAUCUGCAGAAGAUGAUCGUACGGCUGAAAUUGCUGGUCCAGCAGCAGAGGGCCUUGGCCCGGAACAGCAACAGACGGUUGAGUGGUAACAACCGUCAAUCGGAAACUAACAGAGAGAACGAUAAUCGGGAGAUGGAAGAGAUUCGCGAAGCCACGAGACUGAGAGCUAGACAAGUGCUCGGCUUGAUGGUACGGUCUCUGAUCCAAUUCUUCGAAGUAACGAGAUCAGGAAACGGUUCCCAAAGCAACGUUCUCUAUGAACAGAUGUACAAAUUGUACGUAUUGUUACAUCUGGCACUGGAGCUGACAGACUUGCUGCUGGCGCAGUUGGUAAUAACAAGACGAGAGCUGGAGUCUAGUCAAUAUGGACCCUUUACCUCCGAUUUAUCGGUUGACAACCAAAACAGAGGCGACACACGCGGUAAUAACAACGUUGACAAUAACCUGCAGUUUUUGCCCCAGCGGCUGCUGGCCUUGUCGGAAAGUUUGCAAUGCACGGGCGAUAACGCGCCGGGACGAUGCUCGGAUAGAGAAAGAUUGCCGAGAAACCGCGGCGAGGUGCCAAAUGGAGAAGAGCCCCUUUCACGGCACACGACGGCACACUGGAACAGCCGGGAGGCAUUAGCGCGUUUCCGCGCUAUGCAGUAUCGUCAUCUAGGUCAGAACGGUAACGCGGGCGACAACACGCCGAGACGAAGCGCGGACAGAGAAAGGUUGCCGAGGAACUGCAGCGAAAUGUCAAACGAGCUAGAGUCAAUCUCACGAUACGCGAUGCUAUUGAGGCACGGGCCGCAGGCACUACCGCGUUUCGACGUUAUGAAGUUGAUACAGCUAUAUCGUUUUCCAACUCAAAACAUUAAUAACGUGUCCGAGAACCAAACCAGCAAUCCAGCGGCAGCUAGACCUAGCGAUAACGAUGACGAUAGCGGUAACGAUAAUAAUUACGAUGAUGCGCAAAGCGAGGAUAAUCGCCAAUCGACUUCAGAAAACGCCCUGUCGGCGGAGGUGCAGAGCAUCGUCGAGAGAAUCCAAAGCAGCAGUUCGAUCGACAACGACGACCGUGGUGACGCCAGGACGGGAGUUGAGACUCGUGCAAGAGACACCGCGAACGAGCUGCGAAACUCGUAUGAGAGCUACAGGCGGUGUUUCCGAAGUGCUACGGUAUCCGAGCCGGCGGUGAGACGCAUCAACGAAUCGAGGGGUUCGCAGGAGACCGACUCGAACAUGUAUCCCGGCGAGAACUACUGGAGGAACCUCUUUUCUCACACUUCGUCGGGAGAUGAACAACAAAGCGCCAGACCGUUGCAUCAGAGGUCCCGUUGGGCUCGCCAAUAUGCGCGGGGCGCGUACUCGAUGCUCGAGCGUCCUUUGCACAGAUACGGUAGCUCCGACCCGAAUAACAAUCGCCGAUUCCCUCACAGCAGGGAGGGCGCGUCUCUCCGACGAGAAUUUAACGUUCCUGAGCUGCAGGUGAAUAACGUGCCUGUAAACGACUUGGACAAUCUCUCUGGUAAUCCGCGAAGAAGGCAGACCACGCCGCCGACUCCGCCACACACGCCUCCGCCGUUCUUGAUCAAUAAUUUCCUCUAUAACGCCACUAACAGGGGUAACGAUCGGACAAACGAGUCCACGGAUCAGCCUGGACCAAGUUGGGCCGGACAGUCGAACAAUAAUAGAAACUCGGUGUUUACUCCAACAUUACUAACGUUGUGGCGCAAUCGAGUUGGGAUCAACCCUCCCUGGAUACCUCGUGAAAUCGUGACUAAUACAGGGUCACGAAUUGGAGGAGGUGCUUCUGCCAAUCCCAGUAAUGGUGGUGGCGGCGGUGAUGAUGGUGGAGAUGGAGGAGGAGCAGGAGCAGGAGCGGGAGCGGGAGCGGGAGGAGGUAGUGGUGGAGGUGGAGGUGGUGGUGGAGGAAGAGGAGGAGGAGGAGGUGGAGGUGGACAGGAUCCAGGAAAUGAUGAAAACGAUUAUUAUUGGGACUUUGAACAACAUGUACCUGUAUAUUCAUCGGGUAUGCAGUUCAAUCCAUCGUUGGAAAUUCAGAGUUAUCGCGUUCAAGCGUGGGACUUCUCCAAUGGUGACAUACCAGAUAUUACAGAUUCUGAGAAAAACAUCGUGGUGCCCGAAUGUAAGAUUCACAACGAUACCAGUAUCGAUAUAUCUACAGAUGGGAAAUUACUGGCGACAUUUUUGCAGGCUGGCCGUAUUAAUGUGACAACCACUUUAGGUAUUUACAGUCUGCAAUGGGAAACGCUGGGUGAAAAGAUUUAUUCGACCAAUAUCGAUCAACCGGUAGUGUCUGUCUCGAUAUCGCCUACGCAACAGCAUCUCUUGGUAGGCUUGGCACGCAGAAUUCAUGUUCCCACCAGGCCUGUUCCGAUGGCUCUGAUUUACAAGCUGAUAGAGAAGCAGCCCGACGACGAGAAAAACGUUUCGUCGACAGAUCCGACCAUGGAAUUGUCAUACGAUUCCUCAGACGAGAUGCUCGAUGAUAACGUUUCUAACAACAACACCACGAGACGAAAUAAUCUUACAGCCAACAAUUACAGACGCAUUCGCGAUUGGCGGAUUCGCGACAUUCGUAUGCGAAACGAGCUGGACAUGGACAUCAAACGUCAUAGGGAGAGUAUGGUGCUUAUCCGGGAAUUGUUGCAAAGCAGCCGGGAGGUUGCGAGCAUUCUCAGUCUAAAUUGCAUCAGAUGGGCGCCGCAGCCGGGCCAAGGGAUGGUUUACGCGACAAGCACCGGACAAUUAAAUAUUCUGCAGUGAUUCUACGCCCGAUUUUAGUAGACAGACGGAAGUAAACGUUUUCUUCGUAUUAUAGUGCUUACAAUGAAUGUGUCAUACACGUAAAAUGUAUCGCGGUUCGCCCCCUCCCUCCCCCCUCCUCAACAAAUUUCUUUUUGAUAGAUUGUAAGGAAGGAUAUAUGCCAACGUGCGAUGUGUGGUAAUAGGUUGUUCCCGCAGUCGAUUGUCAAUCUCGGCAGAUUGCAGUGAUUGCAGUGAUAAAUAGCCCGAGACUGCUACGGAUUACAAUUCGAUAUUUUAUUCUUUUCCAUGUUGUGCUAUUUCCUUAUGUUCUGCAAAGAGACAUAAGAAUUGUAUAAUGUAUAGAUAUAAAAUAAUAUAUGUUCGAUCAAUUAGUUAUUGUAUAGUUUAUGUGAUUUUUAUAUAUUCUUAUAAUUUAAAAAGUGCUCUUUGCAUCGUUUCUAUUAAACUGAAUUCGUAGUAUACGAUACUGACUGUCUUUCUUUUAGAGAUGCUUCUGUUACGUCUUAUAAUGUGAAAGUGUGGGGAAAACUGGGUCGUUAUAUAAUAUUAACAUGUAUUUACCGAUCGAAUGAACGUUAAUGCCGUCAAAUAAAUCAUUCAGAACGUACUUCCCACUUUUAUUAUCUUAAUCGUAAGGAAUAGAGCAAUUUGUCGUGCCAUCUCUUUUGCAAUGCUUUUAUCUGGUUGACUUUUUGUCCCUUAAUACUCUAUCAUAAGUGGAAAGAGAUAUUUACAAAGUGAUCUUUUCAGACUAUGUUUUUUUUGUUUGUUUCACCUCUUUUUUAUUACGAGACGAAAUGUUUAUUAAAAUUCCAUGUAUAAUUUUAUACAUCUAUACAUUACAUAUACAUAUUAAACGUUUUGGCAUUGCAUAUGAUACACAAAUGCAAAUAUACAUGUCGGUCAAGUAAAUAAUUUCAGGCACGAUUUUAUUUUUGUAAGAAAUUACGUCUUUCAGAAAUUUGGCCCUUUUCGGAAAGAUGAGAACAGCUUCGCUCGUGUAUACAAUUUUAUCAGGUUUCGAUACAACCAUUGUACACACAGUCGAAUAACACGUAAUUGUAUUUCUGUGUGUAAUCGUUAUCAAUAAUAAUUUCUUU